ACUGAAAAAAUUUUUUGUGGCCCCUCAUCAUUUCUACUUGAGUACCCCUGCCCUAGGGGUACGCGCCUCCAUUUGAAAACCAUUGCGUGACGUCAUCACUAUCAACAAGCUGAGUGGAGCUUCCUUGACCAAAAUAUGGUUGCUUCUUUAUUCAAGCGUUUUGUGGGCACAUUUGACAGUACGAAGACCUUGGCACUGCGCACUUUAUAGUGGUCAACUAUUUUACACCUUCUUAAUCAUACUCAGAAUAAGUUGGAGAUGAGGGCUUUGGGUCUCAAAUCCCGAGCAUUCCCUGUGCUGUUCAGAUGACAGGAGGCCCGUGUUGCCUCGGCUCGGUGUUGUUCAUCAUCCUUCACGAUCUAUUGGAUGUCAUCCAACCUGCCCCUCCUCAUCAGUGAAGCCUCAAAGACAAACACGUGGUCUCACUGGGGUACCCAGACCCUCGCACUCCAGGAUUCAGCACGUUUACGUCCACGGCCGCUUCACUAGAAUGGAGACCGGAGGCUGAGCCCUGAAGCCUCUGUCUCCGACGCGCAGGAAUAUCACCGUGACGCGUCACGGUUGCGCUCUAGGACUGGGAGGAGGAGGUUCACCGACGGAGGACGGAGGUUCGUCCUUCGGGAAGAGUCGGGAGGAAACACGACGGAGCUUCAGAGUUAGGAUUUGGUUUGACUGAAUCGCUGCUGCGUAAAACCUCCUUUCUGCUUCUCUGUCUGCGUGUAAAAUAUGAGGACGCAGUACAUGAUCUUCUUUAGGUGGUAGACCUCCAUUAAAGAACAAGUGCGGACUGGAUCUGGAGUGAAUCUCGUGAGAUGAAGUCCGUCAGUCAGGAUCAGAGCUUCACGGACUCGGAGCUGGACAGAUCAUACGACCCGCUAACAGGUCACCUGCCGUCCAGACCCAAUAAGAAGACCCUAAAGCAGAGGUUCCUCAGACUGCUGCCCUGCUACCCGUCAGCCUCGAGCUCCUCCACCAAUCAGAACAGCGAGGCGGGCGACGGGGAGCUCUCCACGGUGUACUGCAGACCAGAAGGUCUGGACCAGCUCGCCCAGCGGACCAAGUUCAACCGGAGAGAGCUCCAGAUUCUCUACAGGGAGUUCAAAAAUGAGUGCCCCGGUGGGACGGUGGACGAGGAGGGCUUUAAGUCGAUCUACUCACGCUUCUUCCCCCAGGGAGACUCCAGUAUGUACGCUCACUUCCUGUUCAGAGCGUUCGACACGCAGAGGGACGGCGCGGUCAGCUUCCAGGACUUUGUGACGGGGCUGUCCUCCAUCCUGAGGGGCUCUGUGACGGAGCGGCUGAGCUGGGCCUUCUGCCUGUACGACCUCAACAACGACGGCUGCAUCUCCAAAGAGGAGAUGACGGACAUCAUGCACUCCAUCUACAACCUGAUGGGGAAGAACACCUCCCCGGGCAUGAAGGCCAGCGCCCCCGACGAGCACGUCGACCUCUUCUUCAGGAAGAUGGACCGGAACAGAGACGGUGUGGUGACCAUGGAGGAGUUCAUGGAGACGUGCAGGAAGGAUGAGAACAUCAUGCAGUCAAUGCACAUGCUGGACCACGUCAUCUAGAGCGGAGGCUGGAGACCCAGGGAGAAGACCAGGACCCUCCAGACCAGGGCUACUGGGACCGGUUCUCGUCCUAGUGUGGGAUAUGCAGAGUAAUGAUUGUGCGUUUAGACGCAGUGGUAAUACAAUGUCACUCACACCAAGACCACUCUGAGAUGGACAUGUCGCUGGACGUGCUUCCAUACGGCAUGAGUACAACGUCUGACCGCGGCAGUCAGUGCGUCGUACUGCCUCACAUGAACACACAAUCACCUUUGGACGAUCAAUGAUUUGGGCUCUGAUAGGUUGAACUGAUUAUCAAUGCAUGAGGUGUGAUCUGACCGUUAUAUCAAAUAUUGUUUAAAGUUUCUAUGCAUAGAAAAAUAUUUCAGGCGAUGGAUAUAUUUCUACAUAUUUAGAGUUAUGAUUUGAAACAAUUCAUGACUAUGGUCGAAGCCACUUUCCUUGAAUUAAUCAAUGAAUGAACUUUUAGUUCUACAAUCUAAACGAAGCAGCUACACACAGCUGGGAGAUGUCAAUUAUUGCACACUAAAAUCUAAUUUGUUUAGCAAAGAAUGUGUAGGUGAGAUUAUGGAAAUAAUUAAAGCACACAUUUCCAAUCAGUUUGUAAUGAACACUGGAAACCGAAUUUGUUUAAUAUAUAUUCUUUAUUUUUGUAAACAAAAUUUAAGUAAAAAAUCGUAAGUACAAAGACCACUUUUCUUCAGUAGUUUAUUCUAGCGCUAGUAGUUUGCCCGGCUAAAUUAAUAUAUGGUGAACAACCGUGUCGACGUUGACCAUUAAUGCAAAGAUACAAAAUAGUUUUGUUUAAGAUUUAUUCUAUCACAAAGAAGAUGCAUCUCUGAAAGGUUGCUUGAGGCCAAGAUAUGACCGGUGUAGGAAACAUCUUAAAAACAUUUGGAACGAUUAGAAACUGUUGUUACAGAGACAGUCUUUGUCGACCUUAUCCAAAAUAACCAACGAAUAAUAAACACGUUAUAACC